AUGUCUUUGGAUGACAUUAAGAUGAAAUCCAGUGACUUUCUGGAUGCGGAGCAUCUAGACAGCGGUGGCUUCGGGAAGGUGUCCUUGUGUUUACACAGAUCUCAUGGGCUCGUCAUACUGAAGAAGGUGUACACAGGGCCUACGCGAACAGAGUACAACGAGUCCCUCCUUGAGGAGGGCAGGAUGAUGCACAGGCUGCGCCACGUGCGGGUGGUGAAGCUGCUGGGCGUCAUCCUGGAGGAGGGGAACUACUCCCUGGUGAUGGAGUACAUGAAGAAGGGCAACCUGAUGCACGUGCUGCAGGCCGCGAUCAGCAUCCCCCUUUCUGUAAAAGGAAGGAUAAUUAUGGAGACCAUUGAAGGAAUGUGCUAUUUACAUGGAGAAGGUGUAAUACACAAGGACCUAAAGCCUGAAAAUAUCCUGGUUGAUGACAACUUUCACAUUAAGAUAGCUGACCUUGGCGUUGCGUCCUUUAAGACGUGGAGUAAGUUGACUAAAGAGGAACACAAUGAGCAGAGGAAAGCGGACAGUCUCUCUAAGAAAAACGGUGGCACCCUCUACUACAUGGCGCCUGAGCACCUGAAUGACAUCAACGCCAGGCCCUCAGAGAAGUCGGACGUGUACAGCUUUGCCAUAGUAUUGUGGGCAAUAUUUGCAAACAAGGAGCCAUAUGAAAAUGCCAUCUGUGAGGAGCAGAUGGUCUUAUGUAUUAAAUCUGGGAAUAGGCCAUGUGUGGACGACAUUAUUGAGUACUGCCCAAAGGAGAUUAUCAGCCUCAUGAUGCAGUGCUGGAAGGCGGACCCGGAAUUGCGGCCAACAUUUCCUGGCAUUGAAGAAAAAUUUAGGCCUUUUUAUUCACAUAAUUUAGAAGAAGGAGUAGAAGAGGACGUGAAGAGUUUAAAGAAAGAGUAUCCUAGUGAAAAUGAAGUUGUGAAGAGAAUGCAGUCUCUCCAAAUAGAUUGUGUAGCAGAGCCUCCAAGCAGGUCAAAUUCAGCCACAGAACAGCCCGGUUCGCUGCACAGUUCACAGGGACUCAGGAUGGGUCCUGUGGAGGAAUCCUGGUUUGCUCCCUCCCCAGACUACCAACCGGAGGAGAAUGAGUACAGCCUGCAGAACAAACUCCAGGAGGAAGCCAACUACCAUCUUUUUGGCAGCCGCCUGGACAAGCAAACAAAACAGCAACCCAGACAGGGUGUGGCUUACAACAGAGAGGAGGAAAGGAGGCGAAGGGUCUCCCAUGACCCUUUUGCGCAGCCAAGACCUUAUGAGACUGUUCAAAACCCAGGGAUGAGAGGCUUUGCUUCUUCCAACACAGCCAGUCCUGGGACUGCAGUACACCCACCAGCUGGAUUGACCUGCCAAUCCCAAGGACUCCCCUGGACUCCAUACACUCCAUAUCGUUUUAUAGCAAGACCAUUGGGCGCGGGAACAGUAGAAUCUAGAAUUUGGUCUGGGCCAGAUGCAAACCAGAUACCAGGCCUGCAUAAAACUCCAGUGCCUGAGACCAACCUGCUGGGAAACACUCCCACCAUUCCAUUCAUCUCCCUGACGUCAAGAGAUGAGACUGCAAAAUAUGCCAUAUAUAACAGUGCUGGCGUUCAGAUUGGAGACAAUAAUCAUAUGGAGGUUGGAGUGAGCUUGCCAUUACUGGAUAGCACAUAUGUGAACUGGGAAGAGCCAGCUUCUAAGUACCAAUAUAUCUUUGAUAAUACCACUAGUCUGACUGAUACACACCUGGACCCAGUCAGGGACAAUCUGGGAAGGACCUGGAAAAAUUGUGCCCGUAAACUGGGCUUCACCGAAUCUCAGAUUGAUGAAAUUGACCACGACUAUGAGAGAGAUGGAUUAAAAGAGAAGGUUUACCAGAUGCUCCAGAAGUGGCUGAUGAGGGAAGGCAGUAAGGGGGCCACGGUGGGAAAGCUGGCCCGGGCGCUCUACCAUUGCUCACGCAUAGACCUUUUGAACUUUUUGGGGUCUAUCAGCCAGAACUAA